UUACGCCAUCUUGAAAUUACACCCGCAGUUUGUCAAGUCGCUCCCAAAUUGAAGAGCACAAGAACUCUUUUCACUAUCAGCACAGUGUCCGGUAUGAACGGUUCUCGAAACAAACCGGCACAGAUAGUCAGCAAGGGACAGGCGGACGCAGACAGCAGCUCGGAGACGACCCACAGGGAUCGAAAGACUGGUGGAGGAAUGCUCAAAAAGCUGAAGUCGAGGCGCAGCCAAACGGAUAAGUGGCCUGUGGUCACAGAGGAUGAACUCCGGGCUCUGGGAAGAGAUAUUUCCCCGGACCAUGUCCUGGGUCUCCGGGCUGUCACGGAGGACUAUCUUUGCAAACCUGAAGACAAUAUCUACAACAUUGACUUUACCCGUUUCAAAAUCAGAGAUCUGGAGACAGGGACAGUCCUGUUUGAGAUUGCCAAGCCUCCUAACAGCGGUCCAAUGGAGGGUGAAGAAGAAAGUGGAGAUGUAGACACCAGCGCAGGGCGUUUUGUCAGAUACCAGUUUACACCAGCCUUCCUAAAACUGUGCACUGUUGGUGCAACUGUGGAGUUCACAGUGGGUGACCGGCCAAUUAACAGCUUUCGUAUGAUUGAGAGGCAUUACUUCCAGGGGCGCCUUCUCAAGAACUUUGACUUUGACUUUGGCUUUUGCAUUCCUAACAGCCGCAACACAUGUGAACACAUUUAUGAGUUUCCACAGCUUCCAGACGACCUCAUUCGCCAAAUGGUGGAGCACCCUUACGAGACCAGAUCAGACAGUUUCUACUUUGUGGACAACAAACUCAUCAUGCACAACAAGGCAGACUAUGCCUACAAUGGUGGUCUGUAAUACCUGAAGGGAAAAAUGUGUGCAGUACCUCCCAGGCAAUUGAUUUCUUGGAUUACAACCAUCCAAAAGCUUCUUUUCGGUGGACAGAAGUAUUCUCUCCUGUGUGGACAUUCCUGCAAACGUGACAGCAUACUCCAGAAUCAACAGACCACAUCUGCCUUGUUACGAAAUCAUGGAUCCAUUCAUCAGUACCUCACAGAGCUCAGUUUCUGGGACUCCGAGGAAUGUUCUGUUAAAUAUUUCUCUGUUAAAUCUGACUGAAGCCUUUUUGUUCUGUCUUUCGGUUUGUCAUACAAGUAUCAUGUUACUGCUUGAUCACUUUUGCCUUACGUUUCUUGCCGUCUCUGCUGGAAAGGGACACUUUGAGUCACAGGCGUCUCAUGGCAGAGCCUAUAGACUGUGUUAGUUAUUACUUCAUUUACUUAAAUAUAUAGAUGUUAUCAGUUGAAGUACCUUUUGCAAGUGACAGUUGUGUUUCCCAUAUGGAAAAGCGAGCAUUAACUAUAUGUUUUACAGUAUUGUUAGUCAUGUAGCGCUUGUUGGCAUUGUUUGACUCUUAUUCUUCCUUAAAUAUCUGCGAUCAGUUGUGAGUCAUUGGGACUGUUUGUGUCAGACAUUUAAGCUCGGUGUACAUCUUAUAUGGUAAAAUGCUUAGUUGACCAAUCUCUUCUUCAGUAGAACAUCCUUUAAUUCAACAACAGCAUGCGUUCUUUUAAAUGAUUUCAGGUGCCAUCUUUAUCAUUUACACAAAAAUUUGUACGUCAUUGGCUGUUGACUGGGAAUUAAGCUUUUGCUCUGUCAAACUCUGGGAAAUAUGAAUUGGAAAAUAGCAGCAGAAUAUAAGUUACUGGACUUGGCACAUCUUUUUUCUUUUUAUAAGCCGACUGUGUCUAAAACUGUUUGGUCUGCCCACUUUACCCACCCCAGGUCUGUUUUUCUGGUUUAUUUGGCACCACAGCACUGUAAACCCCACUCUGUAGGAGCUGAGUGUAGUCAGUGAUGUGGCAUACCUGUUUAAGUAGUUGCUGAGUAUAUCUUCUGCUGCUCUGCACUCAGGUUCUCAGUCAGCCAGUAAAAUGCCACAGUAGCACACUACAUGACAGUGCAGCGAGAUAUAGCUUGGUAGCUGAUAUACUUUUAAUGAGGUGCUAGAAUAGAUACAGAAGCUGACCUGUCUGGUUUUCUAUACAUGGAAGCCCUGUUUAAAGGACUACACUGGUGGUUUUGCACAAUUUGUAGUAAUUGGGCUUCAGUUACUACAAAUGUCAGAUGUCAGAUGUCCACAAUUCAUUGAACACAUCAACAAUGAAGAGUUUGAAAAUAGUCCCGGCUUGCAGUGUCACUUCCAAUCUGAAUGUCCACUGUGAUCAGCUCGUUCCAUUUCACUGAUUUUCAUAUUGUACAGAUGUGAAUGAAAAUCAGCAGCUAAUUCAAAGGCUGAAAAUAAUUCUAAAACCUUGCAAAUGGUUCAAAUUGCUGUAGCAGUAGCAUAUGUCAUUUGCAGUUAAUCAGUUAAAUCAUGCAAAACCACCAGAGCAGUCUGAAAAUCUUUUUUUUUUUUCUAUACUCAGAUGAUCUGGGCAUCCUUUUACUGUACAUUGUCAUACAGAUUCUAUGUGCCUUGUAUCCAGGUAUUCAUUGUGUUUUUUAAUGUCUGACAACCUUGUGCUUCAUCCAGCUGUAAGCCAAACACUGCAGUGCAAUGCUUCUCUCACCCAGUAAGCUGAAGGGAAGAGAAUUCAGCUCCUCACAUCACGCUCUCUGAUACAUAUGAUAUCUUACAGCAUCUUGGCCUACUGCCAUGUGUGAAACAGAGGACGUCAUAUAGCCUGUGUUGAGACAUUUCAUUUACUCAUCAUGUUUACUCCUAUGAGACUUUUUACAAACAUUUUACUGAAUAAUCCAUGACAACUUAUUAUGUAGCCCAUUAAUUACACACUCAGCAAGUGUAAUAUCAGGCACACACCUGGAUAGCCCUAAUCUUUGCUCCAUGACACUAUACAACCUCAGUGUCUGGGAGUGCUGGUUAGCAGCACUGGUGCUGUAGUAGCAGGGAACACUGUGCAUUGUUUUGCCAUAUAGUAUCAGUCAGUGGUAUUCUAUUAUUCCAUCAUAAAAUCUAAUGAUAAACACCUUGAGAAGUGACUGCACUUUGUAAAUCUGCACAAAACCGCUACAUGACUGACCCCCAAAAGCUAUGGAUCCAAUCUGUAAAUGGAGUCCUCUUUUCAUUUUGGCUGCUUUAACAAAUUCAUGUCAUAUUGGAUUUAUUGUUAAUAAAAAUGGCUGACUGCAAAACAUGCUCACAUUGAAACUAGAAACCUAGUGCUCUUUAUAAGUAGAUUAUCAGGGAUUUUGGGUGGCUUUCCGGUCUCCCAGCUGGCAUCACAAAAAAGCAUGUUAACUGAAUGGUAAACAAAGCAGGUAAUCUGAUAAUGUGGCCUGCUCAGGACCCUAAAAAAUGGUUGUAUGUAUAUUUACACUAAGUCCGCUUUAUUGGAAUUUAAUGAAAAUGUAGCUAGUUCAGUUUUUGGGGUAGUCGUUGUCUCCACUGCUUUGUGUUGGAAAUGUAAAAUGGGAAAGCUAAAUCUGUCGUUUUUACUUUUCAUGGAAUAAUGAGUUUUUUGCACAAGCUCUUGUUUUUUCCAAGAUCUUUGACUUCCUCUGUAAUUGCAACGAGGAUUUUAAUAAACCUACCUAGACUUGU